AUGGUUGAGCCUCGACUAGACCAUAUCGACGCGCGGAAAUGGACGUGCAUCAUCGAUGAUAACAGUUUAUUACGGAAGCUACUAGAGACGUAUUUCAUGACCGAAUACACUUUCUAUGCAGCCUUCCAAAAGAACUACUUUCUGGAGGACAUGGCAGCAGGCCGAAGCAAAUACUGCUCUUCCCUUCUAGUCCAUGCAGUCCUUGCAUCUGCUUGCCACGGCUACUCCAAGAUGAGUCAUCGGUCUCAGUUCUGGAAUCCACGGACUCUUGGGUAUCAGUUCCUUGCAGAGGCACGCCGACUAUGGGAGCUGGAGAUUGGCAAUGCUCGACUUACGACCAUCCAGGCUGCAAUUGUCCUAUCGCUUGUGCAUGAUGCCAAUGGUAGUGAUGAGGUGGGAAGAUCUUACCUGACUCAGGCCGUUGCGGCUGCGCAUGCAAUGCAUCUAUUCUCUACACCGACCAAGAACAGCGAUGAUCUUGAGUAUUAUGCAAGAGCUUUUACAGCAUGGGCGUUAUUUGGACUACAGGCCAUACAGCUAUCUACGGAAGAUGACUGCUAUGGCGACUUCGGGCUCCGUUACCCAUCAGCGAAAGGGCCCGUAUCGGUGAACUAUGCCAAUACCUUUCGGACACUCUCUGAAUUCCGGGUCAUCAUCAAUGAUGUCGCUGCUGUAUUUUUCUCAGGUUUCAAGAACACUCCGGACACCAUUGUGGACAGAAUUAAGGGUUUCUGUAUCCGUCUUGACAGCUGGUAUCGAAAUCUUUCGCCAGGUCUCAAACCAACAGAAAUCCUUUUUCCAUGGCAACUCAAGCUCCAUAUGCACUACUACAACCUGAUUGUCUAUCUUCUGGAAACACUGCGCAUGACAACUGCGCCUGCACUAGUUGACGACAGUGUCCAGAAGGCUUUAAGCGACGCCAAGAUAAAAAUGGAAACAUUGCUACGCUUAUACUACCUGCGGCAUGGAUUCGAGUCGUAUGACAUAUUCAUUAUAAUUCUGCUGGCUUUUAUAGGCUUCAUGCACGCAAAAACCUUGGAUAAUUCUAAGAUGGUAGAUUUGGAAAGCCGAAAAUCGACCGUUGUCCUCGUUGUCAAAGGUCUUGGAGACCAGAGCAAUAACUGUUAUCUGGCCAGAGUAGUGUUUCGUCUACUGAAGGGUAGUAUUGGAAGUAAAAACGACUUUCUGCUAAAAGAAGUGGGUAUUGUGGAGGAAGAUGGGGAGGAUGAAAAGGCAAUGGAGGAGCAGGUGAAUUCGUCUUGGCCCGUCGACCUGGAGUGGAUUGAUGUUGAUCCAGAGAAGAAUAGAUUAGACAAUGUGAUCAGGAAGACAAAAGAACUAGAAUUCUGA